CAAAUCAGCCCUGCAGCGACAUCAGACAGUCCACACUGGGGAAAGACCCCAUGAAUGCCCUAAAUGUGAGAAACGAUUUGGGAGUUCUUCCACACUUCAGAGACACCAAAAGACGCACACGGGAGAAAAACUCUAUAAAUGUAACAAUUGUGAAAAAUGUUUUUCUCUAAAAGAAAGUCUUUUUCAACAUCAGCUAAGGCACACAGGAGAGAAACCCUAUCAGUGCGUCGAGUGUGGGAAAUUUUUUUGUUUGAUAUCAACCCUCAGACAUCAUGAGAAAAUUCACAGAGGGGAAAAAAAUUUCAAAUGUUUAGACUGUGGGAGAGCAUUUAUUUGUUCAUCUUAUCUUAGAAGUCACUGGAAAGUCCAUACAGCAGAGAAGCUCCAUAAAUGCUCAGUGUGUGAGAAAUCUUUCAUUCAGAAAGACAAGCUUUUGAUACAUCAGAGAACCCACAGUGGAGAGAAACCACAUAAAUGUUCGGAGUGUGGGAGAUGUUUCUCCAUGAGGUUACACCUAAUUCGACAUGAGAGACUUCACACUGGAGACAGGCCCUAUCAAUGCCCAGAAUGCGACAAGCGAUUUGUGGAGUCUGCUGAACUCCGGAGACACCAGAAGGGGCACACAGGAGAGAAGCCCUAUAAAUGUGGGCAGUGUGGGAAAGGUUUUCUCACAGCAACACUGCUUCGGGUUCAUGAGAGAAUCCACACAGGGGAGAA